CUCCAAGGCGCCGUCCGCCCACGGCGGGCUCAUGCUCUUCUAUGAGCUGGGGCCCGCCGGCGACCCCGAAGGGAACAGCGAAGCUGGCGCCGGAGGUGCUGGCGCGGAAGGUGCGUGCAGUCCUGCUGGUGGCCUGGAGGACCUGGACGACGAGGAUGAGAGCGGCGCCCAGUCGGGGGGAGGCGGCGGCGGGUGCAAAAGCUGCACGUACGAGGGCUGCAACGAGACCACUACCCAAGUGGCGAAGCAGCGCAAGCCUUGGAUGUGCAAGAGGCACCGGAACAAGAUGUACAAGGAUAAGUACAAGCGCAAGAAGAGCGGCCAGGCCCUCGGAGGCGGCGGCGGGGGAGGUGGAGGCGGCCCCUGCUCGGCUACCACCGCUGCGGCGGCGGCGGCUGGAGUUGGACUCUCUGGGAGCAGUGGGCGAGUUGAGCAAAGAACAGGUAAUAUUGGAGAUCGGCCUGCAAAACCUACACUUUUGGAACAAGUUCUAAACCAGAAAAGGCUGUCACUUCUGAGAAGUCCUGAAGUUGUACACUUUCUGCAAAAACGACAACAACUGCUAAGUCAACAGGCAUUGGAACAAAGACAACAGUUUUCAGGAGCACCAAUGUAACAGCAACAGUUUCAUAGCAAAAGUAAACACUAUUAUAAUGGAGUCUGUUGAAUUCCUGUAACUGUUGUAGAUGGUUUCAUUUUCUGUAUUACCCGUUUGCUUUUUUUAAAAAUUUGAAAAUGAUGUUUAACACUUAUUUUAGAUUGUUUUUAUGUGCAGCUUCUCCUCUCAAUUAAAAACUUCCAUUGAUUAGUUUUGGAAGUGAUAUUGAUGUUUUUGGGAAAGAUUAACUGAUAGCGACCAAUAAGCUGCUUUUUAUUUUAUGCAAAGUAACCUUGCAUAAAGUUAUUAUUUUAUGACAUUCAUUAAAGAAAACAAUAGUUACUUUCUAUGGAAGUUUUAAAUAGUGAACUUUGAGCCACUCCAGUAACAACUUGUUCAGGAAGCCAAAUCUGAGCAUAUUUUACUAACUGGGGAACUGCAGCAAGAUUUGGCUCACAGUUCCAUUACUGUUGUUAGAUUUGUCUCCCAGGCAAUCUAAUUGAUAAUCUCUAUAUUACAUUAUAAAUAAUGUGUCCCAGAUUUGUAUUAAUGUUAUGUACAUUUUGUACACAUGGUUUAAUAUUUAGUGUAUUUAAGCAUAUUACUGCCAGGAUUCAUUAAGAGGCAUUUAUUUGUAUUUAUUUAUAUUAUUGUUGCAUUUUAAUGACUUAUUUGUACUAAGGAACACCCAUAGUUUAUACAAGACUAUAUUAAAGCAUCAUUUUGUAUAUUUGUAAUUUUUGAACUCUUUCUGAAUAUAGUUUUUUUUUUAAACUUUGUAAAAUGUCAUUUAAGUUAAUUUUUUACAUUUUUAAGGAUUUUGUAAUUGUACAUACUAGGUUGACUUCAGUCUUAAGUCAUGCUGAGAUCAAUAGAACUAAUCAAUCCAAGGACUCAGUAAUUUUAGUGAUUCUAUUCUAACUAAGUCUGAAUCAAGCCAUUGUAUAUAACUGGUACUGUCUUCUUAGGUUAUCAUGAUCCUGAUUAGCUUAGUAUUUCUCAGCAAGAACUUCUUUGUAUUUAUAGGAAAAGAAAUCCUAAGCUGUGUCAAAAAAUGCAAAUUAAAAACAUGGUGGAUUUUUUAUUAUUUCUACAUUAAAUGUUUAACCAACUAUUUUGGGUAAUUUUUUCAAUACUGUUUGAAAGAAUAGUUACAAUUCAGCCGCUGGUUAUAUUCAAUAUUCUGUUUCAUUGUCCAUUUCUGUAUAUGCAAUACAUGAUAUGACCCAUAAUGGAGUAUAUUUUGGUGUGCCAAGACUGUAUGGUGAGACAAGCUGCUCUUACACACUAGUAUACCACCUUUAUUAAGUGAGAAUUCCUAGCCAUACUGCUGUCGAAAUUAUUUUAGAAACAAGACCAAGCCAGUAAGCUUCAAGAAAGGAGCUUCCAGGAAGCAGAUGUACAGGGGAAAUGAGAGGGCUGGUUGCUUUCAAACUUUCAUGAGAUACCUCCAUUAACUCAAACACUGUUUGGGAUAGAUGCAGAAAGGGCUAUAAUUAAACUUAAUGCAGUUGAAUAUUAUAUGUCACUGUAUGUACUGUUCUUAGUUAUAUGUGCAUCAUAAAUACAUUUACUACUACUACUGAACUAAAAUACAUGUACUUCAAGCCUUAGUAGUUCAUUAGCAUUCCAAUUUUAUACCUGAAAGAGCUGUACAAAAACAAUAAGCAUUUUUAAACAGUAAAAAAUAGACAUGAUUCUCACAUUUUUACGUUUAUGCUAACUAAAGGAUAUUUGGUAGUGUCAGUUGGCUUUUUAUACAGUUACUCAGUCAUGAGAAAUGGGCAACAAAUUUGUACCAAAUAUGUUUAUAAACAGAAAAUAAAAUUGACAGAUAUCCUGGGCUGCUUUUGUUGAUUAAAAUACAGUGGUACACAUUUAGAACAGCAAUGGUAUGUGCUUGUUAAAUUAACAGUUUAAAUUUUAAAUUAUUUUGAAGAAGAUAUAGCAUUAUUAUAAAUCUUAAUUUUUUUCAUAUAGUACUGCAAACAAAAUAGAUGAAACUAUGUAUUUCACAUUCUGUGUAUGUCUUCAUCAGAUUACUUACAAAAUUACAAUAAUAAAUCAGUUUUCCUGAACUAUUUUUUUUAAUGUGUAACAUUUAGCAACAUUUGUAGAAAUCCAUGUUGGUACUUCAACUGUAAAAGAAACUGAAAUGAAAUGAGCAACCAGUCCUAACAUUCCCUAUCAAUCAGACUGCUAGGAAAUUCUUCUAUUGUUAAUAUAUUUCUCAUUCGCUUGACAUGACAUAAUCUCUUUAAAAUUGGUCAAAUCUAAAAAUAAAAGCUAUAGCAAAAUUUAUAGAAUAAUUUUGUUGGUGAAAAAUUGUUGUAAUCUUAUUGAACUUUCUGCAGUAUAAUAAUACUAACACAAAAAAUACUCCUUGGGGCACCUCUGCUCUGUCAAAGUGAAGGAAAAUGGUUAUUUUCUGUUUAUUUAAUUAUGACCAGAAGUAUACAGAUCUGCAUGCACAGACGUAGGUAAGAGUAUUAGUAUGUGUUAAAAUUCACCCUCCAAAAUGAUCAGGGGUGGCGUAUUUCUAUUUUUGAAGAGUAAAUAAGCAGAUAAAGGGUCAUUAUUGCAAGAAUACCAAGGCAUGUCUGCUCACAUCUUACAAAAUUUUACAAUUUUUAUUUUGUAUAGUGAGGUUGAAGAGAAUUUUUUUAGUUAUUAAUAUUUCUUUAAAAUUAUUUGCUUCUAAAAAAAAGAAUGUUGACUAUACUGCUACAAAGAAAAUGAUUAGUGAAAAUAGACUAAGUGUAUUGGGCUAUGCAAAGGGCUAAGAAUUAAACACUGGUGGGAUCUAGAUAAUUUUUUACAUUUGUGAUUAUUUUAAUUGAUUCAGACAAGUUUAUGGUAACAGUCUACACAUAAUCACAAAUAACUGCAUAGAUUCUUGUUCAUAAUAAUGGAGCACCAUCAAAUCCUCAAAGCAGAUUAACUAUUAGGAGUUUAAAAAUAAUUUAUAAUAGUUGAAGAUGGAAUAAUUUAUCUUAAAGUAGAUACUGUGUAAACAUGGUUACAGGUGUUUGGUUAUUAAAAAUGUAUAGUAGUUGUCAAGUAACAGGAGGUGGAGGAGGAAGAAUGCAUGAUUGGGGCAUGGCCUUGUUUGAAGAACAAAACUAGAAUAUUUGUUUCCUAGGUUCAUGCUGUAGAAACAAAUGUCUGUUCUGCUGUCAUUACUGAAAAUGAUAGUUUGUGCCUUCAAAUGAGCUCAGUGAAACCUAUGAAUAAUUUUAUUAAAUGUGUAAUCACAAUUAUAAAUUGUAUUUUUGUCCUGGCAGUGAACCACGAUUUAAAGCUCUGUAGAGUGUCUGAGGCAUUUAUUUCACCUUGUAGUUCAUUCUCCAUUUAUCUGGAAGUAAGCCCUAUUUAAUUCAGUGGAACUGAGUUCUGAAUAGACACAUACAAUAUUUCAUAUCAGUACCAGUGUCCUUUAUUUCAUUAGAUUUAGACACCACCUGACUCCAAGGUGACACUGGGUAGCUCACAAUUUAAAACAAAGCAACAAUUUACAAAAUACAAUAUAAACUAUGCAAGAUCAGCAUCCAUAUGAACAAUGCACUAUAUAUGCAAAAUCACAUCUAACAAGGGCACAAGGUGUUUAAAUAAUUCCCUUCCUCCACAGUUCUCUGUAACUGUAGUCUGACCACCUAAAAAGGAAAGGUUGAAGACAGAAUUUUUGGGUUUAAGGAUGGCUUCUUGAGGAGGGGGCACACUACAGUUUCCUUCAAGGCUGAAGGCAUCACUCCUCUCAAAGAAGCUACCACAGCAUGGACCCAACUAAGAGUCACCUCCCUGGCUGCCUUAACAACCCAAGAUCUCCUGGAUCGCAUCAGCCUGUUCCAUUUGAUCUGGCAGGGAAUGUAUGCUAAGUGUUCCAAUGGCCAGGGAUUUGCAUUUGGUGGGUCCCAGGAAGAGGCCCUUCUCUGCCGCGGCUCUGCCGUGGAACUUUCUCCCCCGCCCCCGAAGUGAGGCUCACCCCUUCCCUGCUGUUGUUUAGGAAGUCCCUCAAGACCUGGUUAUGUCAUCAGGCCCGGGAGUCUGGGAACUGGAGACAUUCUUAGAUGGCUCCACUAUGAUUAAUAUUCGCUGUCUCCAUGAGGUUUGUGUAUUUUAAAAUUUAAAAUUUUUAAAC